CAUUCAAAAUGGGCACCUCAAAUUCCAUCAUCACUCUUCUUCUCUUGAUCAUAUGUCUUUUGUCGUUUACGUUAACAUUCUCAAUAUCAACUCUUCCCACUGAGUUCUCGAUACUUGAGGGUCAAGAAACUGACGUUUUAUCAAGUGAGAAGGUCUACGAACUAUUCGGAAAAUGGAAGGAGAUGCACGGAAAGACAUACGAGCACGAAGCCGAGGAGGCACAGAGGCUCGGGAAUUUCCAAAAGAGUUUGAAGUACAUAUUGGAGAAGAACUCAAAGCGGAAAUCAGAGACAGAACAUAUGGUGGGACUGAACAAAUUUGCCGAUUUAAGUAAUGAGGAAUUUAAGAAGAUGUAUUUAUCGAAAAUUAAGGGGCCUAGACGAAAUACAUUAAAGAUGAGGGGCGAGAACGGAAAUACGACUUCGAAUUUGAGGUCUUGUGAUGCACCCACUUCUUUGGAUUGGAGGGACAAAGGAGUUGUUACACCAAUGAAGGACCAAGGGCAGUGUGGAAGUUGUUGGGCGUUCUCUGUAACGGGGGCCAUUGAAGGUGCACAUGCAAUAGCCACAGGUGACCUCAUUAGCCUCUCAGAACAAGAGCUUGUUGAUUGCGACACAAACGAUUACGGGUGCGAUGGCGGAAACAUGGACACUGCUUUUAGGUGGAUUAUUAAAAACGGUGGGCUGGAUUCCGAAGCCGAUUACCCUUAUACGAGCUCUAAUGGCUAUGGAAGUAAAUGCAUCACAGCGAAGGCGAAAAAGUCAGUUGUAUCAAUCGAUAGCUACGUAGAAGUCGAAUCAAACGGAGACGCACUCCUUUGUGUCGUGGCCAAGCAACCCGUGACUAUUGGUAUCGAUGGCUCAGCUUAUGACUUUCAACUAUACACCGGUGGUAUUUACAAUGGCGAAUGCUCGAGUGAUGCAUAUAGCAUGGACCAUGCGGUGCUUGUAGUUGGUUAUGGUUCAGAAGGUGGCGAAGAUUAUUGGAUCGUCAAGAACCAAUGGGGUACGUAUUGGGGAAUGGAAGGGUACAUUUUGAUGAAAAGAAACACAGAUAUCAAAAACGGGGUUUGUGGGAUGUAUAACGAGGCGAUUUACCCUGUCUCCUCUAUCCCAACGCCGCCUGGUCCACCACCACCACCAACUCCACCAUCUCCGAUGCACCCACCACCAUCUCCAGUGCACCCACCACCAUCACCAACUCCACCGGCUCCUAGCAAGUGUGGUGAAUUCUCAUAUUGUGCAGCAGACCAAACAUGUUGUUGCAUCUUUGAGUUCUAUAAUUAUUGCUUGAUCCACGGUUGUUGUGGUUACACAAAUGCCGUUUGCUGCAAGGGAACUUCGUCUUGUUGCCCUAGCGAUUAUCCCAUUUGCGACGUUAAAGAUGGAUACUGCCUUAAGAAUUCCGGCGGUACUUUUGGAGUUGCAGCAAAGAAACGACAACUAGCGAAGCACAAGAUGCCAUGGGAGAAGAUCGAGGAAACACUGGUGGAAGAGUACCAACCGCUCGUGUGGAAGAGGAACCCAUUUGCAGCAGCUGUUUAGAAACAGAUAAAAAUGAUGUUUUAAUCAGAUCCCUUAACCCUAUGGUUUUAUGUAGUAUUUAAAGCUUUUAGAACCUUUCGAACCUUAAACCAUGUUACAUAAAUGUAUUUCUCAAAAAUACGUCACAUUGGUGAUAUUUUACGACCAUCUGUGUCGCUAAACUCCACCAUGGUCCAGACGUAUUUCUUGAAAGUAAGUUGCGAUUGUGAAAUUUUUAGUCGCUUUUCCAUCAGUAAUUUUACCGUCACAUAAUGGUUUGUAGCAUAAAUAUAAUUCAUAUGAUUUGUGCAUUA